AUGAUCCGACAUUCUCCACAGGAGCGAGCAUCAGACAUCCUCGAACCAAAUAUAACAACCCACUCUUCUCACAUUUUGGCAUGGCGAGACAGUCCUGUCAACACCGGCGACACUGCCACAGUUCCCAGCGGUUCGUUAAGCAAUGCCCAAAACCAAGCUAUUCUGAUUGCUGCGUUGUCAUGCGCCUGUAUCAGUCUGGUCGUGGUCCUGAUCACCUUGCGAUGGUUCCUAAUCAUGCGAAGGAGCUUCCGGCAUCGCCUGGUUUUGUACCUCAUCAUCAGCGACACGUCCAAAGCCAUUGGGUAUUUUGUCUUUCCAAUCGUGGUCUUCGCCAGAGGUCCGGUCAACAACAGCUCGAAGUUCUGCCAGGCUAGUGGAUUUCUACUGGCACUUGCGGUCGAGUCGUCCGACGUAGCCAUUCUCAUCAUUGCCCUGCAUUCGAUCCUCUACAUUGUCCGACCCAAUAACACUCUGGGAGAAGGGGGAUUAUAUCGAUACCGGCAUUGGAUCUACGUCAUGUGGCUCGGUUUGCCACUGUUGGCUGCGUCAUUGGCCUUCAUUGACAAUAAAGACGCGUAUGUCACAGCUGGUACUUUUUGUUAUCUCCCCAAGCGGCCAUUCUGGUAUCGAUUGGCACUCUCAUGGGUCCCCAGAUAUCUAGUCAUAAGUGUCAUUUUGAUCAUGUAUAUCUGGAUUUACAUCUACGUCCACAUCAAGUUCCGGGGGUUCGACAACCUCGGCGAAACGGAUUCAUCCUAUGAGUCUGAAAUGAGACAAAGAUCUGAUUUCUCGACCAAGUCUGCUCAUAUUGAGGGAAGAUCGACUAACCAGUCAUCGACCCGGCCCUCCCAAACCUCGAUGCAGAAUCGAUCCCCUGGAGUAAUUCUGACAGCUGAAGAAUGCCAACCCCGGGACGAAAUGAGCUUUAUUACCCAGAGACCGCCCCACGGCACUUUUCGCGACACUCAUCAAGAAAGCGAAGGGAGGAAUAUGCUAGCGCGAGGGAGUGAGUGGUCCGGUGAUACCCAAGUACCUCCAGCCAAUACUACGGUGCAAGGUGUUCCAUCACCGUCUGCUACAUCUGAGCGCCAGAGUAGGUCGAUGGUGCCGCAACCCCCAUCCCCUGCAAAGGGUGAGGCCUGUGGAACGUCCAUCGUCUGCCCAGCGACGGCGGCGCCAUUUCCCAGUGGAGUCAACGACCCUCUCAAAAGGACCAGAUUGGCAAUCCGGAAGCAGCUGCGGUAUUUGUUCAUUUACCCCCUUGUCUACAUUAUCAUGUGGAGCUUUCCAUUUGCAUCUCAUGCGCUGAAUUACAGCAACUACUACGUCCAACAUCCUAUCUUCUGGUUAUCUUUGGUGCAGACUAUCAUGCUGAGUCUGCAGGCAGGAAUUGACAGCAUGCUCUUUUCCUGGACAGAAAAGCCGUGGAGGAGAAUUGAGCCGAGUUCGAAAUUCUCCAUUCCUUUCCUGCAGCGGCGAAGCAAGGCAUUUCUGCAACGUUGGGGCUCAGAGAUGCAAGCUACGUCUCUUUCAGAGGGAGGAAUGAAGAGACAGCCCUCAGCAAAACAGAAUUCGCACUGGUGGGAAGUCGAAGGCCGUCGGCGCAACGACAGCGUCUGGCUUGGGACCAAUACGAUAUCUGACACUUUCUCACCCAUCACCACACGAGCGCGGUCAAGGAGCCCAGAAAAGGUUAAAAGAAAUCUGCAUUCGCGGACAAGAAGUUCUGAGCACGGUACUUCGUUUGUGCCCAGGCUCGGGAUGAUUUUGCCAGGAACACAUGUACCACGCUUGUCACCCGUGCUGCAAUGUGUACCGGCCAUUUACGAGCAGGAGAACGAAUUCAAGGCUGACGCGCCUCGGUAG